AUGCAAUUUCCGCUGACCUUUGGAGCCCGCAAACUCUUCGAAAACGGCCUGAUAAGGGCGCCAACGCUCCGAAUUCCCUUCUCAACGUUCAAUCAGAGAAAUUUCGGACCGAAUUUUCCAAUCCGUCGCCGGUUUGUGGGUAAUUUUUAUCAAAUACAAAAGGCAAUCGGGUGUUUUAAAACAAUUUUCGGCCCCACACAGGCGCGGCGUCACCUUACCCACCACUGAUUUAAUUAAAUCGAGCCGAUUUCUCCCAUUUUUAGUGGUUUUUGGAGUAAAUCUUGGUAAAAAUCCAAUAAUUUUAUUGUAAACAUUGAUUUGAAAGAGUUGUAGGGCAGUUCAAACCACACUUCUUAUGAUUAUCACCGAAAAUUGAGCGAAAAUCUCGCCAUUUUUGAAGGUUCAAAGUCUUCGGGACUCUUGGUUUCCCUUUUCACUGCUAAUUUCCCACUUUUUUCAAGUCAUUCACAAGUGUUUAGGGUUUUAUAACAAAAAAGUUUUGUUUUUUCGAAGAAAAUAAGACAAAUUACGUGAAAAGAGUUGAAAGUUUCUCGGAUUUUUUGAAUAUUUUUGAUUGAAGAAUGAAGUUUUUACUUAUCACUGAUAAAGAAGUCGUUUUCUACUAUUUCAAAGUGUUUAAAAUUAAAUGGAAAGAUACUUGCCCUCAGGGCAAAAUCGUUUUUCUUUAAAAAAAGUUGUCAAAAAAUCGUGUUUAUUACAAAAUAUUGCGUAAUAACGAGUCUUUUCGAAAAAAAUCCCUGUUGAUAUAAGGUCGAGGUGAUCUGUGAUCAGCCGAUUUUUUGUCGUAUUUUUCGGACGCUUUUUUAUGGGAAAAUGACAGAAAAUGGGGAUUUUUCCUGUUUUUGGAUGGGUCAAGUUUGAUAGUUUUGCUUGAGAUGGUUGCAGAAGAUGAGAGAUAAGGAGGGAUUGAAGGGCAAUUUAGGUAAGAGAAGAUGAGCCUUCUGAGAAUUUUUUUUUUUGAUAUUUCGUGUCUGAUGUUGCAGUGUAGCUUUUGAAGGGACCUACGAGAAUGUGGAAUAAUGGAAUUAAUGAAUUGAUGUACACUUUAAAAGUGUAAUCUAAAGACAUGUUUUUACUGUAGUGUACCGUACUAGUUUUUUAGAUAUGGCGGGGAAAAAGUUGCAGUAAUUUUUUGAAAACCUUAUUCUUGAUCUGUUGGACUUGAAGCUGAAAUUUCCGAAUCUCAGAUUAUCUAUAUGUUAAUUCCUUUUGUUUUACCAUACUAGAAUGUUUGGAGAAUCUACUGUCAAGAUGAUUUUUCGAGAUUUUGUCGUAUAAAAAAGUUACAGCCGUCUUGAUCGUCCUUGUUUUAGAUCAAAUGGAUGGGAGGAGCCUGAGCGAGGAAAAUGAGCAUGUAGAUGUGGAAAGUGGUAAGAAUUAUGGUCUAGAAAUAUUGCGGACACUUGUUGAAAUUAUUUGAUAGUAAUUAGCCUAUGAGAUUACCGUAUUUUCAGUGGAACCCGAGCAAUAUGACUGCAAGGUCUGCUCCGCCCAUGCAACUGGAUUCCAUUUUGAUGCUCAGUCAUGUAAGUAGUGAUUACUUUGAAGCAGUGGUCCUAAUAAGAAUACGUUCUCACCUUGCUAGUAAAACUAGUUUAGACAGCUAUUGAUUUUUUAAACUUUUCUCAUUAUUUUGUUGUGUUGUUCAUAAUAUAAUCCUUGAUUUCCAGGCUCCGCUUGCGCCGCAUUUUUCCGCCGAGCGGUGUCGUUGAGCCGCGACUACACUUGUGUUACCGGAAAUAAUGCCUGCAAUAUAUUGUACAGUAAGUUUUGGUGAUUUUUUUUUGAUAUUUUUUUAGCUGAAAGAGCUCUUUGCCGAGCCUGCCGGAUGGAAAAAUGUCUCAAAGUGGGGAUGAAAAAGGAAAGUAAGUUGAUUUUGUAAGGCUUUGAGAUUGCUAAGCAGUGAUAUUUAGUGUAAUAAUAGCAUGGAAUCGGGUUUUAAGCGAUUUUUUUGGCAUUUUUUGAUGACUAAUUGAAGAAAAUAGGUAAAACGUUAAUUUCUGAUAUUAUUUUUAUUAUUUAAGUGCUUAAUGUUAAUUUUAAAUUUGCUUUGCAUUAUUAUUUUGCAGGUGUUCAAACUACAUCGGCGUCAAAGUCCCAUAAAACUCGCUCUUAUUACACCCAAUCAGGUCUCCGGAGGAAUAAAAGAUUCGGAUUAAAUGAGGUACCCUAUGACUAAAUAUACAAUAUUUUUAAAAUUGAAUAUUUUAUUUCAUCUAUGGACAUUUUUUUUGUUUUUAGGCAAAAUUGAAAGCCAUCAACUCGGCUGUGAAUUCGCCGAAUGAGUUGCCUCAUAUCAAGGCCGAGGACGUUCCAGAUGAAGAUCUGCCCUCUUGCUCGUCGUCCCACGCCAAUUCCCAGCCUCGCAAUUCCCCAGAAUCCUCAAUUCCAAGUCCUAGGUUAAAGCCGGACGAGAAUUUGUUAAAAGUUUUUAUUGAGGAAGAGAUGAAGAUCGGCGAAAGACGGAGAAUCAUGUUUUGUGAGCGACCGGUGGCUAGUCUGGUCGGGCAGACCAAAGAAUGUGUAAGUUGAAUAGUAAACUUAAACUUUGAGAUUGAUUUUUUUCGGUCUUCGAAAACAAAAAUUUUAUAUUACACUUGACAUCAGGCAAGUUGAGAUCUAAAAAAACUUGGCUGAACUUGGCUAAAGUAACAUUUUUGGACGAAUCCAAGACCUAAAAUAAGCUUUUUGAUUUCGAAGACGUUUUUAUAAAAUUUUCAGUGCUUCAACAUGGCUGACAUCAGGCCUCUGAAAUUCCGGAGUUUCCGAAAAUCGAUCCGCACCCAUCUCCUCAUAAUUUACGAAUGGCUCCGAGUUUGGCCUGCCUAUCACUUGUUCAGCCACGAGGACAAAGUGACAUGCUUCCGGAAAUGCGCGUUGUAUCACACUCUUUUGGACCCGUGCUUCAUUUCCCUGCAGUUGAAAGAUCGAAGUAAAUUCGUUCUUCCGAAUGGGGGAUAUGUUUCGACGACUAAUGAAUCUGACGAUGGGUGGGAGGAUGAGAAGGAAAUCAGCCGGGAUAACAAGAAAUUGUAAGUUGGGGAGGGAAAAAUACGAGUUGAAAUAUUAUUUGGAGAUUAAAAUAUGGCUUACGCUUAUGAUUUUUCAAUUUGAAAGCAAGAUUUUUAUCUUGUCUCAAAAAAUUUUUUUUUGUAAUUUUUGGUUUUCUUUGCCAAUUUGAAGUGUUAAGAGGUUUAAUAGGCGUAUUUUAGGAUAUACUGGCCGUUGCUAAACCGGAUUAAGUCGGAUAUAUUGGAUCAAUUCUUCGUUUUGGACCUAAGUUUUGAUGAAUUUGUGGCCUUAAAAGCUUUGAUCACAAUGCAAAUGAGUAAGUUUGCUGUUAAUUUUAGUAACAGCAUUCCAUUUUUUUGUCGGUUUUUACAAUUUUAUUUUUUUCUCUUCCCUUUUUUCUUGUGAAAUGCGGUGUUUUUAUCAUCCUCAUUUCUCACCAAAAUGCAAAAUUUUGGUUUCUAAAAUAAUGUAUUCAGCCAUUCCUGACGUCUCGUUAGAAGCGAAAAGGAUUCUAAAUUCCCAAGUCGACAACAUAAUUCAGUGUUUGCAUCAGAAUUACCCCGAUUCUUAUGGACAAUUGACGAGGGCCGAGAGAAUCGGCAACAUUUUAAUGCUUUUGUCGCCAAUUUUUGUAAGUUUUACUGAAUUUUUUAAUCGAACUCAUGGUUUUAAAUAUACCUCGAAGCUUUGAUUGUCUUAUAGUGACAAAAUAGUCUAAAUUUUUUUAGGAUACAGCCACAAAUUUCGUCGAAAGUCAUCAUCAAGUCCAAUUUUUUGAUAUUUGGCAAUUGGAUUCGUUGAUGUUGCAGUUUCUACAAAACAAGGCCUGA